AUGAUCUUACAAUCAAGCGAUGCCUUCAAGAUCCUCGGCAAUAAAUCAAACGUUUAUUGGGGAAGGAGCAGUGAAGUUUCUUAUGGUCUCCGCCUUAACUUGGGUAUCGGCCUUCACAAUUGUUCUUGCUCCAGUAACGCAGAAUGCAUAGAAUCCCCUUCAGGAAAAGGACACGUAUGUAGAUGCCUUCCUCGAUAUGAAGGAAAUGGUUACUUGAAUGGCACAGAUUAUACAGACAUAGAGGAGUGCAGUGAUAAAAAGUUGAAUAUGUGUGUUGGAGAAGAUGGAGGAGGAUCCGUCUCUUCGUUUGUAGGUGCCUGUUUGGGAGCGUCUUUUGUGGUUUGGUGGCUAAAGAAAUGCCACUUGAAAGUUGUGGAGGCCAAAUAUUUUCAGCAGCUGCAGCAGCACAUCACUUAUAGAGUGGGUAGAGAAAGCCUGAGAAUGUUUUCUGCCAAAGAAUUGGCAGGAGCUUCUAAGAAAUGGUGUUGGGAAGUGGCAGCUUCGGAGUUGUGUUUAAAGCCCAAACAAGCUUUGAAUCUAGAGGGUGAACAGAGGUUUUUGUCAUGGGCUUCACGUCGAGCUUCUAAGAAAUGGUGUUGGGAAGUGGUGGCUUCGGAGUUGUGUUUAAAGCCCAAACAAGCUUUGAAUCUAGAGGGUGAACGUGAGUUCCUUAAUGAAAUUAUAAUUCUCUCCCAAAUAAAUCACAAAAACGUAGUGAAAUUGUUAGGGUGCUGCAUCCAAACCAAAUUUCCAUUGCUGGUAUCUGAAUUCGUUCACAAUGGAACACUAUUUGAACAUUUACACUCUAAAGAGGGGUUUUUGUCAUGGGCUUCACGUCUCCAGAUUGUGAUUGAGACAGCGGAGGCUUUGGCAUACCUACACUCUGGAGUAUCUCAAACCAUUUUCCACCGGGAUGUAAAAUCAUCUAAUAUUCUUUUGAAUGAGAGACUCUCUCCCAAACUUGUAGACUUUGGGAUUUCUCGUCUCAUGUCUCUACUUACAAUAUAA